AUGGAUGAUACUGUGAAUACCACAAGAGAAAAUGCAGGACACGAUCAACUUCUCAAUGUUAAAAAGGGAAAUGGAGGAAAACAACUGAAAGGGAACCUCAUCGAGGUGACACGAAGCCUUCACGCCAUGUUUGAUGCUGAGAACACCAAAGAAUGUAAUCAACCUAACGAAAUCCUGAUGAUACUCUCCAAACGAGGAAGGAAGGAGGAACACGAUGACAUGGACAAUCUCACCAGAUGCAUGAAAGGACUAAAGAUUUUAGCAAAAGAUCAUCUACCAAUGGGCGACGACCCAAACAUAAUCCAGGGUUUGAAGAACGCAGGUACAACCUACCAACGACUCAUCGACUCUAUUUUUGCGAAACAAAUCGGGAGAAAUAUCAAAGUAUACGUUGACGACAUGGUUAUAAAAAGCCCUGAUGACAAGAAGCUACUAGAAGACGUAGAGGAAACAUUUAAAAUGUUAGAAAAAGUCAAGAUGAAGCUGAAUCCAAGAAAGUGUACCUUCGGUGUUGAGGAAGACCAAUUCUUGUGGUACUACAUUACCACAAAGGGAAUUCAGAGCCCAACCAAAGUGGACGAGUUAAUGGAGGUGCCAUCCCCACACACCUUACGAGAUGCCCAGGGUUAA